AUGACUGCAAAAUCCUGCCGAUUCGUGAUUUCAACCUGCAUCGUGCUCCUGUUGGGGCUUUCUUUGAUGUGGUGCAUCAAUGGUGGCGAAGUGGUAUCCAGCGCGAAUAACAUCGACAACGACGACUCAACCCACGGAGUCGAUAUCCAAACCCACCGGUGGUUGAGAAUGCAAGCGGUGCAAGCAGUGGAUGGCGAGGGUGAUCCCGCCGAAGAGAAGGCGUUUGAGUUUCUAGGUGUUGCGGCGCUGAAAAACGUCGCCAACUCGCAGACAUGGAAGAAUAUCGGAACAAGUGUCAAGCGUAGCUUUACUUCGGACAAGCAAAAGCAAACCAACAACCUGUUCGACGAUUUUAAGCUAGGAGAGUUGAAUCCAAAGUAUUUUGAGUCCGCAGCGUACCAACAGUGGGAUAAGUCUGUUGCCAAAAGAUUCAAGGAAACUGAAACCCGUCUGGAGGCGAUGUUUAACACAAUGAGAAGUAGUUACGGCGAUGGGCGUCUAGCCAAGUUUUUAGCUGAAGAACAGAGUGUCUCGAAUAUCGCUAAACAGUUUGGAGUUAUACAAAGCAAGACCUGGCUUAAAGAACAGAAAACGACGGGUGAAAUCUACGAUUUAUUAAACCUGAACGCUGACGAGAGUCUCUUGAAGAACCCGUUGUUACAUACCUUCCUCGACUACGCGAAACUGCGCAAAGAGGAUCCGUAUAGUUUGUUGGCGACCCAGUUCACGAAGCAGAAUGGCGAAGAUGGAUUUAUCAAAAUAUUUGUUGGUGCCAAGGCAGACGACAGUACGCAAGCCAUUGCUUCGAAAUUGGAAAAGGUGCAGCUUUGGAAGUGGGCGAAAAGUGGAGCGAAGGAUGAUGGCGUGUUCAAGCUUUUAGGACUUCAAACCGUCAAACGGGACGAACUUCUAAGAAAUCCAGCUAUGAAAACCUGGGUUUCCUUCGCAGAUAUGUUUGGAAGGCACGAGUCGUUGUUGUUUAAGUUGUCGAAGCACUACAACGAAGAUGAGCUGGCGAGUAUUAUUUUCGCAGCAAAGGUGGACCCCCUUUCGAAAGACCUUGCUACACGGCUGCAGCUCGAGCAACUUAAAAAGUGGCUGUCUAACAGAAAGCCAGUAGAUGUUGUCUUCAAGCUUCUACGACUUGACGUCGGCAAAAGCAACAAAAUUCUGAAGAAUCCGACCUUGGGCCUGUGGAUUGACUAUGCCACUUCAUUUGGGAAGGACCCGUAUGACUUGCUGGUACCCAAGUUAAAGAACAACCUGGGUGAAGGUGGAUUAGCUAAGAUGCUGCUUGCAGGGAAGGCUGAUGAGAGUACGAAACGAGUGGCUGUCAAGUUGGAACAGGUGCAACUUGCAAACUGGCUAAGUGAGGGAAAGACAGCAGAUGAUGCAUUCAAGCUUGUGCGACUUAACGAGGUCGACCUCGAUGGUAUUGCGUAUAGUCCAGCUCUGAAUACCUGGAUCUCAUACGUCAACAUGCUCGACAAUCAGCAUCCCGACAGCACCAUGUUGCACAGGCGGAUUGUAAAUCUUCUGAAUGUUGAGCCACAGCUCAGCAUACACGGAAUUACGGAGAAGGCGCUUCUUCAGACCUGGAAAGCACGUGAAAAGACGCCAGAUGAAGCGGCUAAGAUUUUGGGACUCAAAAUUGCCAAUGCUGAUGAAAUUAUGAAGAAUCCGGCCGGUUUGGGAACCUGGAUCUCCUAUGUCUCUAUGCUAAAAAGAAACCCGUACGAGUUAUUGGUAAAGAAGUACGCGAGAAGCUAUGGUGAAGGUGGACUGACUGCCAUGCUAUCUGCAGCAAAGACGGAUCCGAAUAAACAGGAUAUUGCAAUCAGAUUGGAACGCACGCAGCUUGAGAACUGGAAGACGGAUGGAAAGACGGCUAAUGAGGUCUUCCAACUUCUACAGCUUGAUGACAAAAGCAACGAUAUUCUCAAGAAUCCUGUUCUGACAACCUGGGUCUCCUACGCUCAACUUAACAAGGGAGACCCGUAUGGCUGGUUAGCACCCAAGUUGAUGAACAGCCACGACGAAGCCAAUCUAGCUAAAAUGAUAGUCUCCGCUCUGGCGCAAAACAGACACAACGACGCUGCUAACUCGUUGAGGAUACUACAGCUUUCCAACUGGCGGACAAACGGGAAGACAGCAGAGGACGCCUUCAAGCUUCUAGGUCUUAACAAGGCCAAGGGAUACAACCUGUUGAAAGACCCGGCUCUCGCAACGUGGGUUCUCUACGUGGAAAAAGUACGCGGUGAAGACCCUUACCAAUUGCUAUUCUUGAAGCUAAAGACCUUCUUCAGCGAAGAAGAGCUGCUGAAAAUGAUUAUGCCUGCGAAAAGAAGUUACAGCGGGCGAUAUUCUGAGCAAUUGUUAAAUGCGCAGUACAAAUACUGGCUGGAAGAGGGCAAAAGCGCAGACGACAUUUUCGACCUUCUCAAAUUGAACAAAGAUGGCGACAAUUUUUUCGAUAACCCAAUGUUGCAUUAUUGGGGGUCCUUUGUGAGGAAGAUGGACAGGGAGAAGGCGAAUAUGUCGAUGCUCGCGGUCAUGAAAAAGCACUACGACGAUGAAACGCUACAGAAAAUGCUUACUCGGGCAUUAGAGAGCAGUACAGUAAUGAGACCUGCGAAAAGCAUGGCUUUAAGACUGAAGAAGGAAAUGGAUCUUCGCUAA